UUUUAAUUUGAUGUUUUAUAAAAACUAAAAAGAUGGAAAAGUUUAAUGAAAGUUCACUAGAUGCUUUUGCAGCUUUAGUUGCAGGUGCUGUUGUGUUUGCUGAUGAUUCUGUAGCUGAGUUUUUACAUUGGAACAAUGGUGUGAAAAAGUUAUUUGCUUCUGGUGCUUUAGCAGUAAAAGAUAUAAAAAACACUAAGGAAUGUUUAGAAUCUGAAGAUAAAGCUGUAUUUGCUGUGUCUAGCAACUUAUAUGGCUCUGUUUCAAAAUAUAUGCAGAAAAUUAUUAAUAACAGUGACUUUCGCUCAUGUGUAGUUGUUUCUGUUGUAACAGAUGAUGUGCAGCAGUUUUUAGGUGGAAGCUUUAAAGAAUUUGCUUGUAAAGUAAAGUUAUGGAUGAAAGAUGAGCUCAGCUCAGUACUUGUAGUUCAUAUACCUCUUUUUGGUAUAAAUGUUUCUGAAAACCUGUUUAUAACAACGAGUCAUAGUAAAUUAUUUCCAGUGUUGCCUUCGGAUGUAGCAAGGUUACAGGCUUUUUUAUAUACUCAGGGUAUUAAAAGAACAUUCAAUCAUCUGGGAGAAAUAGAUGCAAAUUCACUGCCACAUAAUGUUCAAGCUCAAGUUAAGAUGCUUGCAGCUUCUUUGAACACCUGGUUUGAAUCUAUGAGCAUUAACGAAGAUUGUUAUGCUGUGGGUCAUUUUAGUAAAGUAGUAGCUAGUGAACUUGCAAACAUGCCGCAAGCAAGAGGGAGAAGAAAGGUGGCAUCAUCUCGUGCAUCAAUAGUCUUUGUUGAUCGUACUCUUGAUUUAGUUUCACCAAUGAGCCAUCAAUCUGAAAGUGUGCUAAGUACUAUUUUUGAAAUAUUGCCUCGUUUGAGUCAUCAUAAUAACGAUGUCUCUAUUGAUAUGAAAGGACUGUUUGCUGAUGGAAAUGUCAAUCCGUUGACGUUAUUUCCUGGUUGUCUUUCUUAUCCAGAUCAUAAUCAACAUAAAGAGCUUUUAUCUGUUCUUAUCAGUCAACCAAAAAAGGAAUGUAUAUCAUAUGUGUGCAACAAGCUAAAAGCAGCCUUAGAGAAUGAAAAUAUUCCUAUUCCUGAGGAAAACUCAUUUUCAAUUACCAGUUUGGAAAAGAUGUUGGAAAAGUUCAAGUGCAAUAUUAGUUUGUUUUAUAAAUAUGGAUGGCUGCUCCAGCCAUGCAUGGCUAUUUUAAAUACAUUUUUGGAUGAAGAAAAUGAACACCUCAAUGAGUUACUUAGUGUAGAAAAGGUCAUUUUAUUAGAUUAUGGAGAAGAUGAUUUGUGUCACAAUCCCUUUCAGAAAAUAUUAUCUUUAUUGUCUAAAAAAUGUAGUCGGUUCAGUGUUGUAGAUGCUCUCGUAUUAAGUCUGCUUGUAUACUCUGCACAUAAAGAUACAAUGAUUUCUCCAUUAGCAGAAGAGGAAGUGCUAAAGGAAGCUAUUAUAAAUAUAUUAAUGGAUGGAGAGCACAAAGAAGAUUUGCUUUUUAUUAUGGGAGAUCUGGACUCAAGUGAGCGCCAAAUACGUACACGUGUAGCUGAUAUAUUUGAAAGGCUACGAGGUAUCAGCCAAGCGAGAACUCAAAUGCAGCAACUAAAGUCUCUUUUUGUUAAAACAUCAUCUGGUUUGGAAUAUAAACCUAUUAUUAAACAAAUACUAGAGCAGAUAUUCGAUCCUACUAAAACUGAUUUAACUGAUAUCGAGUUUUGUUCCCAUGGUUUUCGGGACUUUCUUAAGACUGGUUUUGGAUUUUUUAUGAGUGUGAGUAAACCUCGUCCUAGUGACCAUUCUAUCAUAUUUCUUUUUGUUGUUGGAGGAAUAACUUGGCAUGAAAUUAAAUGUAUAAAAGAACUGUUAAAUAAAUUCUGUCCUACGCAAAAGGUCAUUAUUGGCAGUACCAAAAUUAUUUCUUGCUCUGAUGCGUUUGAACAAGUACUAUGUACGGAUAAUCUGUUUGUAGAUAUAGAUACAUAAUUUUUCGAAUUAACGCAAGCAGGUUUUAGAUAAUAAACUUUGCGACAAAUAA